AUGACAUCAUUUCAGCCCUAUAAAGGCAAGCUGGGCAUCGUGACGGGAGGAUCAAGAGGGAUCGGCGAGGCUGUUGUUAGAAGGCUCGCUGCCAAGGGUUGCAACGUCUUAAUCGUCUACACCUCGGACAAGUCCACCGAGCGAACUGUAGCACUCUGCACCGAGCUAUCAUUGAAGCACCAAGUCCAGUGCUCCUACGUACAGGCUAACCUGCAGCACGCCGGAACCGCAGUCGAGAAAGUGCUCGAUGCCGCAAAGGAGUUCUUCGCUUCCUACGCCACACCCAACUCCGGGUUCCGGGUCGACAUCCUCAUCAACAACGCCGGCGUGUCGUCGAACCAGCAGUUGAACGACACCAAUCUGGGCCCCAUCGACGAGGCCGAGUUCAACCGCGUCUACAGCGUAAACGUCCUGGCCCCUCUGCUCCUCACGCAGGCUCUCGCUCCGUACCUGCCCCGAGACCGCUCCGGAAGGAUCGUCAACGUGUCCAGCGUCUCGUCCUCCAUCGGCUACCAGGGCCAGUCCGUCUACGCCGGCACCAAGGCGGCCGUCGAGGCCAUGACCCGCAGCUGGAGCCGCGAGCUGGCCGCCCGCGCCACCGUCAACGCCGUGAACCCGGGUCCCGCCUGGGGCGACAUGUACGCCGAGGCCGGCAAGGCGUUCUGGGACAUCAACCAGCCCUACUGCGACAGCACGCCGCUGGCCGAGUACCACGGCGAGCCCGAGGUCAAGGCCCGCGCGGGCGCCUGGUCCGAAGACAAGUUUGACACGCUCGUCCGCGAGGCCAUGGGCGGCCGCCGGCCCGGGUUUACCGACGAGAUCGCGGGGACCAUCGACAUGCUCUGCAGCGCCGAGGCCGGCUGGACCACGGGCAGUGUCGUCUGUGCCAACGGCGGGAUGAAGAUGUCUAUUGCGUAG